AGAUUUGAGGGUCGAGGAAACGUGUGUAGAUGAGUAUUGCGUGCGCCGUUCCAUUCGAUCAGUCUCGACCCCCGCGGGGAUAAGAAGAAAUCGUGUUGUCGCUAUCCUCGCUAUUUUCAUUUCUACGGCCUUCCUUAUGGGGGAACUGGGGAGUCGUAACGACCUGCGAGUGUCGGUGACUGAUGAUUGAUUACCGGUGAGACUUACUCCCUUGGCGACAAAUACCAACCGCUCUCGCAGUCUCUCUCUACACUCUUCAAGAACGCCUCUCUCUCUCUCUCGUUUUGCCGCAAUUUCCUUUUCCAAUGGCCGUGUAAGAGUAUUUGUUCUUCAAUUUCUCUUGCUUAUUUCGGAUUUCUCUUUGCCUUUUCAAUUUCUCUUCUUUUUGGUUCGGAUCUGCUCCUUGUCUCCCCAUAGAAAGGUUUUGGGUGUUGAGGAGGCUCACGGUUCUUGCUUAAAGUUUUGUUUGUUCAUGGGGAAUUGUAGUGAUUUCCUACCAUGGCUUGGAACUGACGUGUCGAUGCAGAUUCUCACGAAGUUAGAUGACCCAGCUGAUCUGGUCCGUGCUAGUGCUGUAUCCCGUUCUUGGCGCGAAUUUGUGAUUACAAACGGUUUCUGCAAGAACCUAUGCUUAAGAAUGUUUUCAGAAAUAUCUAUGGUUGCAGACGUUAUGGAAUUAAACAAUGGGACAGACGAAGUUGGAUCGAACAGUUCUUUGGAGUGGGGAAGUCUGAAGAGGGAUUAUCGUGUUUAUGCUCUUUUAGCUCACAGCUUCACUUCUUUUAGGAGAAAAGAUUGCAUUUUAGAGGCCAUUAGUGCGUCCAGUACUGAUAAUUAUCCUGAAGAAAGUAUUGACAACACCUUGGAACCAGAUGAUCGCACUGAGGAGAGGGCUUCAUACUGGUCAAGCGAAGGAGAAGGAAAUCCUGCAGUGCCUGAGACACUAACUUACAGAUUGGUGUCUGGGUUGUGUGUUAUAACUGAAAUUAGCAUACAACCAUUCCAAGCAUUUUUUCAGUUUGGUUGCCCUAUAUAUUCGGCCAAGGCUGUGCGAUUUAGAAUGGGCUAUCUCAUGGAACCACUGGAAUCAGGGAGUGAUCGCAUGGAUGAGCCUUCAGCAAGUCACAGAUACAUUGAAGACAACUUCAUAUCAACAUAUGUUUCGCCAGAGUUCCCUAUGGCCCAGGAAAAUAGUUUGCAGAAGUUCAAGCUACCAGAGCCUGUUCUUUGUAUUGGUGGAGUUCUGCAGGUUGAGCUAUUAGGUAGGGUCCAGAGACAAGAAAUGGAUGGCUUAUUCUAUAUAUGUGUGUCCCAUGUUAAAGUUGUUGGUCGCCCACUCUCGCCUACGUUUGAAGUUACAUUCCUUGAUCGCCCUGGAAAGACUGGAAAUUGCAUACUGAAGUAUAACCCCAAUGUUGAGCGUAGCAUGUCUCCUGCAAGAUCAUCUGAGGUUGAGUCUAGUUUGCCCUCUCGCUUGCGGGUCUUUAGGUUAAUGCAGAGAGGUGUGAGGGGUUGGGAGCAAAUGAUUAUCAACGCGUUGGUGGGGAAUGUAGCUUUUGAUGGAGAUUAUGGAUCAGAUGAUGAGCUGGGGAUUGUAGCUGACGAUGGUGAUUAUGAAUCGGAUGAAGAGCUGGUUGAAUAGACCUGUUAUUUGUAUUAGCUAUUGCCAGAUUCUGCUUGGUGGAUCUGGACUAUAUAGUCCUUCUGGAACUACUCCCUGUAAUAUUAUAGGAAGAUGCUCGUUUUCCAUUGUGGAAGAAGCUAUUAUUGGCCACUCAUCUUUUCCCUUAGAACGGGUUCUGGCUCCUGACUAGCACGUUGGAAGCUUGGAAUGCCCAUUCUAGAUGCUGUGUAGCUUUAUUGACAGAAAAUGAGUGAGAAGGAAGACACUUUUUUUGAAACUGAAAUGGUUGUUAUUGAUUACCUUGUAAUUGUGGUUUUUCUUCUCAUCUGAGAUAAUCCUUUGGUUCCUUACUAAUCAUAUGAAGGUAAUCCUUUGGUAAUUUCUUAAAA